AUGAGGCACUCGUUGCUCCUCCCCACCGCCCAAUACAUAGAGCAUGGUCAGAGUGGAGCCCCCAUCGUGGGUCUCAUCAAGGUCACUGCUUCGUCUAUCCUCGAGGUCGUCAUUCUAUCGUCCGUCGGUUACAUUCUUGCGCGGAGAGGCAUCAUCGACAAACGCACACAGACAAAGAUCAACAAGCUCAACGUUUCCUUUUUCACGCCCGCUCUGCUUUUCUCCAAAGUCGCAUUUACGCUCAAUCCAGCCCGACUGGCUGAACUGAUCAUCGUACCACUAGGCUUUGUCAUCGUAACGGCCAUCUCUACGCUCAGCGCACUCGUCUUGUCAUGGACUGCCAGACUCUCUCCAGCGCAGCGCAAUUUUGCCAUUGCUUGCGCCAUCUCUCCCAACUCGAACUCGCUUCCCGUCGCGCUCAUGCAGUCGCUCGUAGCCACCGUGCCGCAGCUCCACUGGGAUGAGCAGGGAGAACCCGAAGAUACCGUCGACGGUAUGCUCGGUCGAGCGCUCACCUACCUUGUCCUCUUCAGCACACUCGGCAUGUUUCUUCGCUGGAGCGUUGGUGCCAAACUGCUAAGCAGUGUUGAGGAGGACACUGUCGAAGACAACAGCCAGACCGAGCCACAACCAAGCUCGCCUUGUUCUGGAAGCGAAACCGACCACCACCCGUCUCGUCCACAGAUCACUCUGCGCAGACCAACGGGCGAGCGCCGCCGACAAGAACGCAAGCGAUCCGGUCCUCCCGCUUGGGCACGCAGCUUUCCUAACUCGCCAUAUGCUAGCAGCGCCAGUAGCGCCAACUUUGGUGCUGCCAGAGGCGACGAUGGCCGCGACUCGGAUGACGAAGACGAACCCUUGGAGGCGUACGAGGAAGAAGGCCAAAUCACCCUGCCCGGUGCCAGCAACAGCCGUGAGAAUCGAUCUUGUUGGAAAGUGUUCAAGACAACAACGUACAAAUGGUUCCACAAUUUUGUGCUACGUCCGCUCUACGCUAUAGGCGGCUUUAUGACGGCUCCGCUGUAUGCGGCUGUCAUCUCACUAGUCGUUGCCGUCAUCCCGCCUCUGCAAAAGUUUAUCGACUCGUUGGAGCCUGUGGUGGGUGCACUCGAGUCGGCUGGGGCGUGCAGCAUUCCUCUCACCAUGGUGGUGCUGGGGGCCUACUUUGUGGCCGAUGUUUCUGCCGUGCAGCAGAGUCAAGGAUCGAUUCCCAAGGCUGUUCCACCCAGCGCACCUGCAGGCGAUGGAUCGACAUCUGCUAUGGGUCCUCAGCCCACUGCACCCACUGCGACGAGCAAAUCGGCCAACGACAGCGGCAGCGACGUUGACGAUCCGUGGCGUAGGACGUCGCUGGAAUCGUCAAGCGCUUCGGGCGAGUCGACGCUGGUGCCAGUCAAAGACACUAAGCGCAAAGGCUUGGGUUCAUGGAAUCCAUGGAACAGCGGUUCGUCCAGCGGCGGUUCCGACAUUGAAGAAGGCGGAGGACGAUUCACGGAUGAGCCUUCAUCCUACGCGUUGGCAUCCGAGUCGUCUUCAGCGCGCAAUACACUAGUUGCAGGAAACGACGAAGCAGCGCGCAACGCCGACCUGAACAGCCGCAAUUCGGCCGGGCGCUUCCAGAAUGCGCUCUCCAAACAAGUCUCGGCCUCGAACAUGGAGCGCCGCACCAUCGCGGUGGCCAUCUCGUCACGCAUGAUUUUGACACCGUUAAUCCUGCUUCCGUUUCUGGCAUGGUACGCCAUGGCGACGGCGAGCAACGUGAUGGACGAUCCGGUAUUUGUGGCAUGUGCGUGUCUCAUUAUCGGUUCACCUCCUGCGUUGACUUUGGCACAGAUCACGAGCCAGUCGGCUCAGGGCAACCCGAGCUUCGAAAGGUUGAUCUCCAGAACCAUCUUUACGGCGUACACGUUUCUGGCGGCUCCCACGACGAUUCUGUUGGUGCUCACUGCGUUGGUCAUCACCGAAAAUGAUAAGAACAAGGGCUAG